GUGUUCUUGGUGCACAUGUUGCCGUCUCUGGCGAUUCGCUUAUUUGCUAAGACCAAUGAAAUUGGAAUGAUGAGGGAAGGUUACGUUUGGAUUUUGACUGAUGCCACCGCGAAUUUGCUCGAUUCUAUGAGCUCCCCUGUUCUAAACUCCAUGGAAGGAGCCUUGGGAGUGAAGACAUACGUCCCAAAAUCAAUGGAGCUCGACCGUUUCAAAAUUAAAUGGAAACGGGAAUUGAUAAUGGAAAAUUCUGUCCUCAAUGAUCCACAUUUAGACAUCUUCGGACUGUGGGCCUAUGAUGCAGCUCGAGCACUGGCAAUUGCAGUAGAGAAAACAGGGGCCAAAAACUUCACAUUCGAAAACCCAAAUGGAUCUGAAAAUCUAACCGAUCUUCAAACUCUGGGGGUUUCUCAAAACGGGGAGAAAAUUGUUGAGGCGUUGUCGAAGACGAAGUUCAUGGGGCUGACUGGAAAUUACGAGAUCGUGAAUGGGCAGCUGCAAUCGGCGGAAUUUGAGAUAGUGAAUGUGAAAAGUAAUGGGGGAAACAGAGUUGGAUUUUGGAAUCCUGAAAAGGGGUUGUUGAGUAACAAUAUGACAGUGAUCUGGCCGGGGAACACGGCGGCGGCGCCGAAAGGGUGGGAGUUUCCGACGGAAGGGAAAAGGUUGAGAAUUGGGGUUCCGGUGAAGGAAGGGUAUAGUGAGUUCGUGAGAGUGAAUGGAAAGAAGGUGGAAGGGUAUUGUAGGGACGUAUUCGAUGCGGUAAUAGAAGCGAUUCCAUACGCCCUUCCGUUUGAUUACAUUCCAUUUGCACUUCCGAAUGGAUCUAGAGCCGGUUCCUACGAUGAUCUCAUCAUGCAAGUUUACGAAGGGGUAUACGACGGUGCAGUAGGAGACAUAACCAUCGUAGCAAACAGAUCCAAGUACGUUGAUUUCACCUUGCCAUUCACAGAGUCCGGAGUUUCAAUGGUGGUUCCAACAAAAGCCGACUCCAAGAACAGAGCAUGGCUUUUUCUGAAGCCUCUCACUUUAGACCUUUGGAUCACAAGCUUAUGCUUCUUUGUGUUCAUGGGGUUUGUGGUUUGGAUUCUUGAACAUCGAAUCAACCCAGACUUUCGUGGUCCUCCCUCUCAUCAGAUCAGUACCAGCCUCUGGUACUCCUUUUGCACUAUGGUCUUCACCCAAAGGGAGAAUUUGAUAAGCAAUUUGGCAAGAUUCGUGGGGGUGAUAUGGUUCUUCGUGGUGUUCGUUCUAACUCAAAGCUACACAGCAAGCUUGACUUCUUUGUUGACAGUGCAACAGUUACAGCCUACCAUUACAAAUAUAAAUGAGCUAUUGAUGAAGCAGUCAUCAGUGGGAUAUCUAGACGGUUCAUUUGUUGGGGAGCUGUUGACCUCGGUGGGGAUUAAGAAUCUCAAGUCUUAUAGGUCUCCUGAGGAACUCGACAAGUUGUUCAAACUAGGAGGCUCCAAUGGCGGCAUUGAUGCUGCUUUUGAUGAAACCCCUUACAUUAAGCUCUUCCUUUCCAAGUUUCGUGAUGAGUACACUAUGGUUGGCCCCAACUACAAAACUGAUGGAUUUGGAUUUGCAUUUUCCAUUGGCUCACCAUUGGUGGUAGACAUAUCAAGAGCGGUGUUAAAUGUGACAGAGAGUAAGAGGAUGAACCAGCUACAAAUGAAAUGGUUUGGUGAUCAAGGCAAUUCAUGGUCUUCCAUACCAAAAGUUACUUCUUCCGGACUGAACCUAGGCAGCUUUUGGGGCCUAUUCCUCAUUACCGGUAUUGCCUCCAUCAUCUCCCUCCUCAUCUACUUCAUCAUUUUCCUUCACAAAGAACAACACACGCUCCGUCACACCGCCAAUGAAAGCUCCAACUCCUCCAUUAAGAGUAAAAUUCGAGCACUACUCAAAAUCUACGACAAAAGAGACUUGACUUCAUACACAUUUAGAAAGAGUAAUCCUCCACAAGUAGUAGACAACAAGAUUCAAGCAAAUCACGGGAACCCUGUUGGCACCUCACCAAACUCGAAUUACUUGCUAAGUCCAUCGAAUGUUUCGAUCCAGGACACGAACCAUGAGUUCUCUAGGUCGGAAGAUUUGAAUCCAAGUAAUCACGGUGGUCUGGAAAUAGUUCCUCAGAGUUAG